AUGCUGUCAGGCCGGUGGUGGUCAAGUACCCGGGGGAGCCUUGGGCUGGGGCCCCAAAACCCUUCUCGGGGAUCCCAGCUCUGUGCCCUCUAUGCCUUCACUUACACUGGGACAGAUGGCCAGCAAGUGUCCCUGGCUGAAGGGGACAGGUUUCUACUGCUUCGAAAGACCAACUCAGACUGGUGGCUGGCAAGGCGCCUGGGAGCACCCCCCACUUCUCGACCCAUCUUUGUCCCAGCUGCCUACGUGACAGAGGAAUCUAUCCCUUCCCAGAGCCCAACCACCAUCACCCCCAGCCAAUCCUUCUGGACACCUGGGCCAAAGUUGUUUCAUGGCUCCAUGGAGGAGUUGCACCUGUCCCAGGAACCCCCAGGCAGGACCCAGACCACCUCUAAGCAGCCUCCUCCUCUUCCCCCCAAAAUGUGUAGAAGCGUCAGUGUUACCAAUCUGAGGCCUACCGUCCUGAAACCCUUCCAGGAAGGAACAAGUGGCAGAUCCUUCUCUCAGGAAGACUUACUGCCAGAGGCCAGGGCCAAUACGGCAAGACCCCAGCCCCUCAUGUCAGAACACCCCGUGUACUGCAACCUAGUGGACCUUCGCCGCUGUCCUCGGUCUCCUCCCCCAAGCCCUGCGUGCCCCCCACUGCAGAGGCUGGACUCCUGGGAGCAGCACUUGGACCCUAACUCCGGACGCUGCUUCUACAUAAAUUCGCUGACUGGCUGCAAGUCCUGGAAGCCCCCGCGCCACACUCGUGUGCGGGAGAUGAACCCUGGCUCCAUGGAGGGGACGCAGACCUGGAAUAGGGACAGUGGUGUCCUGCAACCUCGGGCAAAGGGCUCAGAAUCUGAUACGGCGACCCUGGAACUGCUGGGCCCCCAGGGUUCACCCUACCUCGGCCAGCGCCCCUCCCAGCUCCACCCCUCAGACCAGCCUUUAGCCUUGGAGCCCUCUCGACCUCUGCCGCAGGUCCUGGAUGACCCCCAUGAGGUGGAAAAGUCGGGCCUGCUCAACGUGACCAAGAUCGCCCUGGGGGGGCGGAAGCUCAGGAAGAACUGGAGCCCCUCUUGGGUGGUAUUAGCAGGUAACAGCUUGGUGUUCUACCGGGAGCCACCGCCCGCCGCGCCCUCCUCAAUCUGGGGACCAGCGGGUAGCCGACCCGAAAGCAGCGUGGACCUGCGCGGAGCCGCCCUGGCCCACGGCCGCCACCUGUCCAGCCGCCGCAACGUCCUGCACAUCCGCACGGUCCCUGGCCACGAGUUCCUGCUGCAAUCAGACCAGGAGACCGAGUUGCGAGCCUGGUACCGCGCGCUGCGGGCGGUCAUCGAACGCCUGGAUCGAGAGAACCCCCUGGAACUGCGUCAGUCAGGUUCGGGGCCGGCAGAGCUGGAGGAGCUGAGCGGCGGGGAGGACGACGAAGAGGAGUCGGAGCCGGUGUCCAAGCCACUGUUGCGGCUCAGCAGCCGCCGGAGCUCCAGUCGGUGUCCCGAAGGAACGGAGCAGAACCGCGUCCGGAGCAAACUAAAGCGGCUUAUCGCAAAGAGACCACCCUUGCAAAGCCUGCAGGAGCGUGGGCUGCUCCGAGACCAGGUGUUUGGCUGCCAGUUGGAAUCACUGUGCCAGAGAGAAGGGGACACCGUGCCCAGCUUUGUGCGGCUCUGCAUUGCUGCUGUGGAUAAGAGAGGUAUAGAUGUGGAUGGCAUUUACCGGGUGAGCGGGAACCUGGCGGUGGUCCAGAAACUUCGCUUCCUGGUGGACAGAGAGCGGGCGGUCACCUCCGAUGGGAGGUACGUGUUCCCAGAACAGCCAGGACAAGAAGGCCGAUUAGAUUUGGACAGUGCUGAGUGGGAUGAUAUUCACGUGGUCACUGGAGCCCUGAAGCUUUUUCUCAGGGAGCUACCCCAGCCUCUGGUGCCCCCAUUGCUGCUGCCCCAUUUUCGUGCUGCCCUUGCAGUCUCUGAAUCAGAGCAGCGCCUCUCUCAGAUACGAGAAUUAAUAGGCUCGAUGCCCAAGCCCAACCGUGACACUCUGCGGUACCUCCUGGAACAUUUAUGCAGGGUGAUAGCACACUCAGAUAAGAACCGCAUGACCCCGCACAACCUGGGAAUUGUGUUUGGGCCAACCCUAUUUCGGCCAGAGCAGGAGACAUCUGACCCAGCCGCCCAUGCUCUCUACCCUGGGCAGCUAGUCCAACUCAUGCUCACUGACUUCACCAGCCUUUUCCCCUGACUGGGGCAAGGAAGAAGACAAAAACAUGUUUCCACUGAUCUCUGUUAGCUACCCUUUGGUGGUGGUGGGGAUAGUGGAUGUUCUGUUUUGAGGACAUCCCAUUAAAUCCUGUGUCUCCCAGA